AUUCCCCUGUUUUUUUUUUCUUUCUUUAACCUCGGUCCUGCCGUCCUGUAUUUAGGUUAUAAAGAUUCCCCCUUAUUUAUAAUCUCUCCAUUUUCAUGCAGAUCCCCAUUUUAGUCCCAGAGUGUAGCCGCUGCUAUCUUUUUGCUCUACUCAUCAUAGAUCACUUGAUGUGCAGCUCCUGAAACAGCUAUACUCACAGUAACUAUCAAAAAAGGUUGGUGGUAGAAGAAAAUGGUGGCGAUGUCUCAACUUCGUUAUUCCCCUCUUACGGGUUACUAUCAGCAUCAUAAUCAAAAUCGUGUUUCGCCCAGAUUUUCUGAUAAUAGGUUCUCUUUUAACCCUUUAAAAACUGGCUGUAUUGCUUCUAAACAAUUGGAUCACCUCAAGUAUCAAGUUCCUUGUGCUGGUGGAGGUGAUGGAGGAAGUAUCGGGAUCGGAAGGGGCAAUGGGGGUGGUGGGGGUGGGGGUGAUUGGAGUAAGGGUGGAGAUUCAGAUGAUUCAAAGUCCUCUUGGGAUGGUAUUGGACCAAUUGGUGCUUUUGUUAAUGGCUGGAGAUCAAGAGUUGCUGCAGAUCCACAGUUUCCUUUUAAGGUUCUUAUGGAGGAAUUGGUUGGUGUAAGUGCUAAUGUUCUUGGAGAUAUGGCAUCAAGGCCUAAUUUUGGGCUUAAUGAACUAGAUUUCGUGUUUUCGACACUUGUUGUUGGUUCGAUUAUGAAUUUUGUGUUGAUGUAUCUGUUGGCACCAACUGCAUCUGCUUCGAUCCAAACUCUCCCUUCGAUUUUCGCCAAUUGUCCACCGAGCCACAUGUUUCAGUCUGGUUCUUAUGGUUUAUUGAGUAGGGUUGGCACAUUUGUGUACAAAGGAACUCAGUUUGCUGCAGUUGGAUUUGCUGCAGGGCUUGUUGGGACUGCACUAUCUAAUAGUUUAAUCAAGUUGAGGAAGAAGAUGGAUCCAAAUUUCGAAACACCAAACAACCCACCUCCAACACUUUUAAAUGCUGCAACAUGGGCAAUACAUAUGGGUAUCAGUAGUAAUUUAAGAUAUCAAACUCUUAACGGUGUUGAGUUUGUGCUAGCUAAAGGUCUUCCUCCUUUGGUAUUUAAGACCUCGGUUGUUGCUUUGAGAUGCGCAAAUAACAUUCUUGGGGGAAUGACAUUCGUCAUGUUAGCAAAGCUCACAGGAUCACAGAAAGCGGAUAAAGCAGAUGAAGGAAAGGUUGUUCGCGUUGAAGACGCACUAGUUGGAGAGAAAGAGAGGUUGCUGGACCAGAAUGACAGUAUGCAUACUGCUGAUGCUGCUUCAAAGUGAUUAUAUCAAUAUUUGUUUCAAAUAUACACCAAUCCAAAACCGGCUCCCUCCCUCCCUCCCGGUAGAGCCAUUUCCCCCCUGUUCUAUUACUAUGAUCUAUAAAUAAAAAUGAACUUUGCUGUCUUUUGAGUCCAAGAAAUAGUCUUUCCGACUUCUUGUUGGAGUUAGUCACCAUGUCUAACUUUGGUUCUAUGGAACAGAAUAGGAGUUUGCUGAUAUUGAUUCGAGGAUUGUUUUCUGUUCCUUAGUGUGGUUUAAGAUGAAAUGUUAUGUGAUCUAAAGAUAACAUUACUUCAGAAUUAUUGUAUGGUAUGGAAAGGUAGCUAAUGAGUUUUCCCUGUUUUCUUGUA